AUGACGAGCCAUAAGCAACUGAUUGAAUCAGUGUUGAAAGGUGUUAAUGGGACGAAUAUAAGGAAAGUUGGUGAGAAACUGUUGAAGCAGGAGAAGGCCUCUGUAGUUGGGCAUCCCGGGGUGCUGGCAUUGGCGUAUGAUAGCUAUGAUCCAUCGUUGACGUAUGCUGAUUUUGCCAAACUUGUUACACAACGACAGAUGAGCAUGACGUCAACACCACAAACUAUCAAGUUUGAUCUGUUGAAGCGGCGGGAUCCCAAAUACUUCACGUUUAAGGACCAAUAUCUGUUAUUGUUUAAUAGAAAUAUUGAUCUACGGGACUAUCUUAAUAUCACUAAGGACUCAACGAUAAACAGGGUAAGGGUACGAUGGAGGCCAUUGGUGGAAGGAAAGGAUGAACAUAGUUCAUAUUUGGGUGAGCGUCAUGAGCUAAUCUACCGGAAAUACUGUCGGAACUUAGAGGCCGCUUACUUGGAUCGGAAACAGUACUUUGAUGUGGUCAAUAAGGAAAUGACCCAGGAAACAAUAUCAGAUGAACCACAGCUGAGCUGCCUAAUAGAGAGAAUACAUGAGAUAGAGAAAAAAUGCGCUGUUGUAUGGAAUAUGCCGAUGGAAAGCAAACAGUUGGAGCCUUAUUUUUCUUUCUACGAUAUUGUGCAUUCAUUUGAUAUGUACUGGAAUAGAGACUUAUCCAAAACCUUCAAAUUUAUACGGUUUAACACGCAGGAAGAUUGUAAACAAUUUAAAAAAAACUACCACGGCUAUGUUUAUGAUGAAACAAACCCGGAUGUAAAUAAGAUUUUAGUCGAAACGCUAAAUGGGAUGUAA